GAGGCUGUGGGACCAUGUACGAAAUUCACAUUGAGUCAGAGGACUUCAAAGAGAAGCGAAUGGUGCAGCAGCACCAGAUGGUUA